UUACGUCGUUUAAUUUAUAUUUUUCAUUAAAAAAUUGUGAAUCAAUGUUUUAAAUGAAUAGCGAGAAAUUAUCGAUUGAUUUGUGGUGUGACAACAAACACUGUGCACAAAAUUUUGAAUGCAUGUGAUGAUUUUUUUUUGGAAAAAGGUCAUCGAGAGAUUGAAUUCAAAAUGAAUGCAAAACAACGAAAUCGUACGAUAUAAUCAAGAAGUUGAAAACAAUAAAAAAAAACAAGAUGUUAGUUAGCGAUUUACGAAAAUACAAAACAAUCGGCCUAAGUGCUGGCAUAUCAACGGCUGUGGCCGGACUUAUUUAUUAUGAAUACUCUCGCAUACAGCAGCGACUAAAUAUGCUUAUAAGUCCAUUUGUUUUAAAUAUUGAAACAAAACAUCCUGACUACAUUUACAUCAAAUAUCAUAUCUACAAAGAGUCGAUGGAGCAGAAAAAGAAUGCGGAAUUGCAGAAUAAAAAAUGGAUAAAUGUGAUUGUUCAUCCGAUUGGAAAUUGGUGGAAGUCGGUUAAGCAUUCAAUUGCAUGGCGUUUAUUAGAGGUGGCCAAAAACGGAGACUAUCAUGAUCGUUUGAAAGCAGUACGUCAAUUGUCACGAAUCGAUCACUUAAAAGACUGGGACUAUCAACAUUUAGCACAAAUGUGUAAUGGACGUACGGCUAUUUCACUUGCACGUCAUUUUUCUGACACAAGAUGGUUUCUUCCGCCGCCAAAUUUUGGAGCAUUACGCCAACCAAAGUCGCUGAUAUCCGAUAUUCAUGAUCAUCUGAAGCAGCUACAACCGAAUCAGUGUUUGAACAAUUUCAAUUCUCGGGUGUUCAACAAUUUUAGCAUUUUGAAUGGUUACAUUUAUUCAAAAUCAACAACAAAUGGCGUUGCAGUUACACGUCAAGAAUAUGAUUUUUUGCGAAAAUGUCUCGAAGCAUUGUAUCAUCUGACACAAGACGCAAAAGUGGCUGAAACGCUUUUAAAACAAGGAUUUCUACAAACGUUGAUGGAAGUUUUGAAAUUAUUUCAUGCUGACAUUAAUUUACGAUUUUUAUUGGCGAAAAUUGUAGCCAAUUUUACUGUGUGUCAUGAAUACUAUGAUGAUUUUUUUGGUGUUGGAUGGGUUGGUGUAUUGUCACGGUGGACUCGUAAUCCAGAUAUUCGAAUUCAAGCGACUGCCGCCAAGGCUCUAGCCAAUUUAGAUAUCGAUGACAUUUCACCAAGUGAAUAUCGGGCGAAAAUCUAUCCAUUAUACCCAUUGAUUCGUUCACGACAAAAAGCACAACUCGAUAUAAUUUUCAUUCAUGGACUUUUAGGCGGUGUAUUUAUAACUUGGCGCCAAAAGGAUCCAAAGGAACCGGACCUAGGAUUGUAUGAAUCCAUGACCUAUUCAGAGGACACAUUGACCAGCCGAAAGCCAACCGAAAAAGAGCUCAAAAUCAGUGACGUUGCAACUAAGGAAUUCUUGGAGACGCUGAAAGCAGCCGAUGUAUUACCACCCGAUUGGGAAGUAGUUUUUCCAGAUUGCCCAAUCGAUGGAAAUGAAGAGUCAAAUGGUGAAUUCAGUGUGUCAGGUGUUAAAUGGAUAAAUGAUGACGAGAGUAAAACAUACACAUACUGUUGGCCAAUGGACUGGUUGCCGCAAGAGUUUCCGAACAUACGAAUUAUUGGCUUAAACUAUGAGACAUCAAUAAGCGAAUGGUCAUUGAAUAUGUUGUGUCCGUGUGAGAAAAAGAAAAGUUCAUUGCAUGAUCGAUCUGAAGAAUUAUUGAAUGCAUUAAGUGCAUCGAAUGUAGGCCGAGAUCGUCCUGUGAUUUGGGUUGGCCACUCAAUGGGUGGCCUUGUGGCCAAAAGUAUUAUAGUCCAAUCACUUUUAAGUGCUGAAAAUGGUAAACGUGCCAUUGCUGAAAACACAAGGGCCAUAUUGUUUCUGGGCACACCACACAAAGGUUCACCCGUUGCCAAACUAAAACAACAUGUACAAAUGGUUUUUUCGCCAACAAUUGAAGUCAAAGAAUUGCGUGAAAACAGUCAACAUUUGUUGCAUUUACAACAAAAUUUCGAAAAAGCACUGAACGUCUUACCAAAACCAAUAAAAAUAGUCAGUAUUGCUGAAGGCUGUCCCACCAAUAUUACUGCAUUUAAAUUUCCCAUGCAAUUUGUAACACAAGAAUCGGCCAAGCUCGAUGUCGGUGAAUUUUAUGUGCUGAACGAAAACCAUCUUGGAUUGUCAAAGCCAAUCUUUCGCCAGUCGUUUCUUUAUCAACGUCUUGUCAAAAUAAUCGGUGAUGUUAUUAAUACCGCCACACAAGAGGCUACCGAAGCAGCUAAAAAAGUACAAAACCAUGACACCGGAUUUGAAAAAUUAUCAAAGGACCAUGAUGCUAUUAUGUGAAAAAUAAAAUCCUCAUUUACCAUUUGUAUUCAUUACAUUUUUGUUUGUGCAUCCUGUAAAUGUUUAAUUUUAAGCGUUUGUGAUAAAAAACGAUUCAUUUAGACUUAUACCAGAUUCUUCAGAUAUGUUGUCAACUAUAUGGAUUAUGGAAUGAUGAUUCAGUCUUUUCAUGAAAAUGUAGCUUUCGUAAUAUUUAUAAGUAUAAUAAAGUAAUGAAUGCUUUUAAUAUUUUCAA